AAAGGUUUCACAGCUCUAAGCGAAAUAUGCGCCUUGUCUCAUUAUCACUUCAGCACUUCACAGCGUGACAGCGACAAAAAGCCUACUGAGUGACAUGUCUACCCCACGGAGUAGUGACAGGCCCCUGGAGGAUAUGGGCCAGCCCUCCUCCUCAGUGGAGAGCAGUGGUGGGGAGGAGGAGAUGUGGGACCCUGGCCUCCUCUUCCCAGAGGUCCGGCCGUCCCUUCUGGACCACAGACAACUGAGGCUCCGGACCUGCCAGAGCCAUCUGUACCCCAGCACGCGCCGCAAAAGAGAGAUGACCCCUGCCGAUAAGAAGGACGCCAACUACUGGGAUAAGCGCCACAAGAACAACGAGUCGGCCAAGCGCUCGCAGGAGAAGAGGAGGGCGAAUGACCUGAUGCUGGAGGGCCAGCUGCUGGCCCUGAGUGAGGAGAAUGCCCGGCUGAGGGCUGAGUUGAUCACCCUGCAGUACCACAUGGGCCUGGGGAAAGAGGCAGGCCCAGCCACCCUGCGUUCCCAUGGCACGGUUCCACUGCACAGCCUGCUGCCCUGUCUGAAUCGCUCAUCAGUGCCUACCAAUCUGUUGAUGCCCUGGGGCUCCCUCUGCCUCCCCCAGCCAGCCCUGUACCCCAGCCUGCCUCUCUACCUGCCACACUGGAGGAGUAUGAGCGGCAGAACCAAGCCCUGGACAUACACAGAAGCUUCAGGGGCAGGUUCAACAAAUUGACUCAGCUCAGAAGGUGACAUCCUAGAAAACCAACCUGAAAGAAGUGCAUGAGAAGUUACUUAUCUUCCUUUUACCUGCCCAACAAAGAAACAGCCAUCCUACUUUCUAUACUGAGACCAGAUGGAACCCAUGUCGCUAUCUCCAAACGGGAGCAUCGAGGAAGUGGAGGACGGUCACAUAGCCUACCUAGAUGGGGAGCUGGCACCCAAGGGCCUGCGGCGCAAGAGAGAGUUUAUCCCAAAUGAGAAGAAGGACGCCACCUACUGGGAGAAGCGUCGCAAGAACAAUGAGGCGGCCAAGCGGUCGCGGGAGAAGAGGAGGGUGAACGAUUAUGUGCUGGAGAGCCGCCUGGUGGCCAUGAGUGAAGAGAACGCCCGGUUGAACACAGAACUGCUGGCCCUCAAACUCCACUUUGGCCUGGUGAGUCCUGCGGCCUACGCUGCCCACCAGAACAGCCUGCUACGGCUCCACCAUGCCAACACCUAUAGCCCCCAGUCUCCGCCACCCAGCAGCUCAACCCAGUCCCUGGACAGGGAUGUCUACUGGGGCAGGAGUCCCUGCUACAGAGACCCUUCCACCCUGCCCACUUACCACCACCAACCCUCCGUCCUGACUGGGCAACCUGCCCCUGCCCUGAUCCAUCCAAAUGCUCUACCAACCAGAAGGGGCUAUCCAUACAUCUUAGACAUGCCCAGUGUCCUCCACCCUGCAAACUCAUCCUCCCUUCUCCUGCCCCCACUUCUCCCCCCUGCCCUAUCGUCGUGGCCGGGGGUUCCCCUGCUGAGGCCCACCCCUAAGAGAAGGUGUUCAGAUGAGGAGGGGGAACAGCAGGUCCCAGCAGCCUCCUCCAGUGGUGCAUUACCGCACAAGCUGAGGCUGAAGACCCCCAGAGCUUCUACUGUCCUUAGGGAUGUCAGAGAUAGGGCCUCCCCCCCACUCCCGCUUUAUGUAUCUGACUGACCACACUGCACAGGGCAGACAAACCACAGCGCUGGAACAUUGACACCAAAGUUAUAGCAAAGACGUUAUGUACAACUUAAAACAGACAUUUGUUUGAUUUUUUUAAUUAUUGUUUUUGCUUCUCUGCCAUGCUUCUUUAGUGUCCAAGUUAACGGGACAAAAUCUAUUAUAGCAUACUUUACUGUAAAUUCUGCAUAAUUAGCCAGACUUUAAGUGUUUUAUAGCACUGAGAGACUCCAGUUCACUUAUAGUAUGUAUGUAAAACUCAAUAUGGGCAGCCAAUAUAAUAAUUUGAUUU